GGGUACGGAUGGAGUAUCGGUGGAGUAUCAGUGGGGUAGGGUGGAGUACCGGUGGAGUAGUGUGGAGUAUCGGUGGAGUAUGCACUCCUGGAGUAUCGCCUUUUCCCCCUUGAGGCAAAAGCAGUUUUCUCUUACUUUCCUAGCAUUCUUUAUAUGUUUUCAUUUGUUUGUACCUUUAGAUUUUAUUCUGCUUCGUGUAUUUUUAUCUUCUUUUUGUGAAAUAAAUAUCUUAGAAUGUUCACCUCCAUUAUUGUUUUAUUCCAUUACACUCUUCAAUAUAGAAAUAUACGCCAUCAAUUACUCUAAUAUUCUGAUUGAUCGAAAAACAUUAACCAGCAUUUUUUUUCUUUACUUGCAAUUUAUAUAACCAACCAGACGAGCACUUCGUUGAUCUGGAUAAGUAGAUAAAUACCAUUACCCCUCCCCUCCUCCCCCAAUAUCCCAUCCUGCUCCCCCACACUUAUCCUCCUUUACAUAGACUCACUUACCUCAAAACUCUCUUCUAUGCAAGCCCUCACACACUCUUUGUAGCUGCUCAGGUACAAUGAAAUUUUGACAUCUUUUACUGACUUAUAUAUGUGAUCAAACAAUGACUCUAUAGCCUUCAUUGUUUAGUUGAAUUUUUUGUUUCCCUCGAAUCAACAUUGAUUUUCUAAGAAAUAGAUUUAAAAAAUAUUUACAGUGCAACUGUAACCCUGAUCUUCUGCACUAAGUAUAAUGAAUAAAAUGUACUUUCAUCAUUUUCCAGUCAAAACAGUCAUAGUUUCAUGCAGAAACCAACGCGAAAAGUGUUAAAAAUCAAAAAUUUCCUCCGGAUGCUUAACUACGUACAGGUUCGUCCUUCUUUUUCAGUUUUCUCGACUUUUAGUGACACAUUUCUUCCUUUCUACCGGAUAUACUUUUUGAAUAGUCCCCAGUCUUUAUUUCUUAAAGCAUUGUUGUACCAUUUUCAAUAAAUGACCACAAUUACAAAGAAAUGGUUUGGAUUGAUCAGCAUUAAGCUUCAUUAUGUUUAACUACAACUAUUUCUCUCAUAGUGAACUAGCAAAGGUCACUGCACUAUAAGACCACAAAUUUGCUAUUAGCUAGAUUCAAGGAGAAACGGCGAUACUUCACAAGUACACACUCUGCUCUUAUGUCCAUUAUAGUUUCAUUUACGUCCAUCUAGUUCCACGCACUUCCAACGUGCUCCCUUGUACUUCCCUGUUCUUCUCUCAUAUUUCAAAAUAUAUCUGAUUUAGAUGAAGAAUCACUUCUUUCUCUCGCCUAGACUUUAAUAUCAGUAGGUUAGAAGAGAGAAAGCGAAGUUCUCCAUAUUCUUGCCUAUAUAUUUUAUCUUUUCCACGGUGCACAAAAGUUUCCCUCAAAAUAUUGGUUUUAGGAGCCAACAAUGAACAUAGCUAAAACAAUAAGCAAUUUUUUUUCUUAAUCUAAAAAAAUUUUAAUACAAACUUUCAAGAAAUUGAGAAUUCUUUUUCUCAGAUUUUUUACAUUCGUUUUAUUUGUCUAAGAAAAGCACCUAAACAAGAUUAGGAUAAAAGUGGCAGUACAUUAUUCAGUUAUCAAGGUUUUGUCGCGUUUGGAGGAAAAACAAAAUAACAUCUUGGAAAAUAUUUUAAUUUUAAUUUUUUUGAGAUUUUGCGCAAUAUUGCUUUGAAAUUCAAUUAUAAUCUAUAGAUUUCCAAAGUUUCAAGGGAUUCUGACAUGAACCUAGCUAAGAAAGUGAAGAAACUCUUUCAUUCAUUGUUGCCAGAUUCUAACAGAAACCUGAAAUAGUAACUUUUGAAUAGUCUCUAAACAUAAUUAUGAAAAGAUCUUAGCUGGCUCCUUGUAUUUUCUUACCAAGAUCCAACAUAUUUGUGCUUUUUAAACUUUUGAAAUGCGUCUUCUUGAACAGUUUCUCCAGAAUCUGAUGCAAACUUGGGAGGAUUCCUCUGUUGAGGAUUCUGACGAAUAUUGAUAUAUUCUUCACUUAAUCCUUCUCUGAUAUAGCUGUAACCCUUCACAGGAUCUUUAUAUCAGAAUCCAUAGUAGAUCUUGAUUCUCAUCUAAUAAAAUCUGGAGAGAAUUCUAUUUACUAUUUUUCAACGGUUUUUGCACAGAAAUAAGAUCAAAUCCUUGAAUGAUCCUUCAAAUUCGACUCAGAAAAAAAUUCGAGCGAGAAUUUGAACAUUUUUGGAUAGAUGUUGAAUCAAACCUGACAGAAUCCUUAAGAUUCAAGAUUAUCUCAAGAAAUAAAUGUGGUUUCGUGAUUUAACAAGAACUUGUAGAGAUAUCUACGAAGCCCUUAUUAUUUCUUAUUAAGAUCUUGAAAUAGAUCCACAUUAUCUUGCAAUGUUUGAAACCCCAUAUUUUUGAAAAUUUCUCCACUAGAUCUUGAUCCAGGCUUUGAAAUAACAACUCACUUUCGUAUCAUGAUUAAAGUUGUUACUUUCUUGGCAAGAUCCUCACCUGAUCUGCUAUCUCUCCUGAUAGAUUCCUGAUACAAAGAUUUAACAUACAUUCUGAUAAAAUUCUGAUCAAAUCUUCUUAGAGACCUCUCCUAUAAUUCUGACAGAAUUCUUCCAAGGAUUUUGAGUAAAUCCUGAUAGGAUCCUCUAUUUGAAAGUCAGGAAAAUAUCUGAACAGGAUCUGGCUUCACUGUGAAAAAAAUCCUGGAAGCAGAUAUUGCCAGGAUUCGAAACAGGAUCCUAAAUAAAACCAGAUAAGAUCAUUGGCAUUCAGGAUCACGAAAGAUUCUUCAAGGUUUUCUUAAGAGUUGCGCAGGAUUGAGACUAGAGUAGAUACGAUCCUUAUGUCUCAAAAACAGUGCGGCUUGACAUGCGUUUGUGCGUUUGAAUGUAGUCAAUAUCGUGUAUAAACUAAGAUGUUCUGCAUCCUCAGGUUAAUAUUUCAUCCGACCCAAAGACUAAGGAUUAGUCAUACUCGCAAUACCACCCACGGCUUUCAUUUGAGGUCUAAUAUAUUGAUGCUGCUCGCCAUGCACCAACCAUAAUCAGUUUUCGUAAAAAGUGAUUUCUCAUAUUUUGUCAGCAUGCACCCCACAAUGAUGAAAAACCAUGAUUCAUGGCAUCCUAUCUAUAAUUUCUAAAAUAUCCUCCAUGGAUCAUCCAACAUGUGAAUGGAUCAAUCUAUUCUUAUCUUUUGCAUGCUUUAUUAAUCUUUCAUUUUAUAGCUACAAGAUCACCCUUCUUAUGUACUGCUGCCGUGUACGACAAUACAGUAAUCACCAUCGGCACUAGUUCUUCAUAUGGGUUCUAUGGCAUUGGAACGGAUUUAGAUAACAACAUAUACGCCAGUAAUAGUGGAGCUCAAGUUUACAAAUAUUCAUAUGGCAGUAAUUCCACAGAUGGUAUACUCUAUGCACCGACUAUCGCACCAGGGUUUGCUUAUUAUGGUAGUGCUGGUGGCAGCAGUGCUACUCAGAUAGGAACAGUUUAUGGUUUAUUUGUGGAACCUGUAUCCAAUUACCUUUAUAUGGCUGAUACUGGAAGUUAUUAUACUGGCUAUAAUUCAGUACCAAAUUUCAAUUAUCGAAUCCAGCGUUGGGGACUCAAUGGCUCUGUAUCUGGAACGACUAUGGCUGGUGGAGCUGGAUCUGGAUUGGCUCCCAACCAGAUAGGAACUGUCUUUAAUAUUUAUGUGGACACCAAUGGUGUUCUCUAUGUACCUGAUGUUACGUAUCAUCGUGUGACUAAAUGGACUCUUAGUGUUGCAGUAGGAGUAGUCGUAGCGGGUUCAGAAUAUGGUGUGAAGGGUUCGUCUC